GUUGUCCAAACACCUCAGGAGCUGCAGACAGGACAGACAACAACAUUUAGAAACGUCUUUUGAGCGCACCGUUUUGGGAUAAGCCCCUUCACUGAGGCGAUGAGCGUCCAUUGAUGGGAAUACUCAGGAUCAUUACUGCUAAUUGGACUGUAAUUCAUCAGACUGCAAUUAGAAACAAUCACAAGAUAAUCAUGUCCAGAGCACUUCAUGCAAGCAGGACGGAAGGAGUGGAUAAAAAUGUUUGGGUUGAAUUCACACAGCUGGCAGCAGACUAUAAAGUAGUGAACCUCGGACAGGGAUUUCCUGACUUCUCCCCUCCUAAAUUUAUCCAGGAGGCUUUUUGUGAAGCUGUGAGUGGAGGACCUUCAAUGCACCAGUAUACACGCGCCUUUGGCCAUCCCCCUCUUGUUAAAAAUCUGGCUAAAUUCUUCAGCAGGGUCGUGGGACAUGAGAUCGAUCCUUUUGAAGACAUCCUUGUCACGGUCGGAGCUUAUCAGGCUCUGUUCUGUGCAUUUCAGGCACUGAUUGGUGAAGGUGAUGAAGUCAUAAUUGUUGAGCCGUUCUUCGACUGCUACCAGCCGAUGGUGAAGAUGGCUGGAGGAACAGCAGUAUAUGUACCUCUAAGGCCAAGAGCUGAUGGCAAAGCCGUCCUGUCAAGUGGAGACUGGGUUCUUUCUGCCGAGGAGUUGGGCAGUAAAUUCACUCCACGCACAAAAGCCAUUGUUAUUAACACUCCCAACAACCCGUUAGGCAAGGUUUACAAGACUGAAGAGCUCCAGAUGAUUGCAGAUAUGUGUAUCAAACAUGACGUGCUGUGCAUCAGUGAUGAGGUGUACGAGUGGCUGACGUAUGACGGAGCCAAGCAUGUAAAGAUAGCCAGCCUGCCCGGCAUGUGGGAACGAACCAUCACUAUCGGCAGCGGUGGAAAGACUUUUAGUGCUACUGGCUGGAAGGUUGGCUGGGCUAUUAGCUCCGGGCAUAUCAUCAAACACUUGAAAACCAUCCAUCAGAACACUGUUUACCACUGUGCAACAGCUGCUCAGGAGGCAGUCGCUCGUGGGUUUGAGAGAGAGUACGAGAUGUUUGGUAGUCCAGAGAGCUACUUCAAGCAGCUGCCUGCGCUGCUGCUCAACAAGAGGAAGAAGCUGGCCUCGUGUCUUGAGAGCGUGGGUCUGCAGCCCAUCAUGCCAGAGGGAGGCUAUUUUAUGGUCACGGACGUCUCCUCUCUCAAGGUGGACUUAAACGACCCGAGCACGAAAGAUGAAGCCUAUGACUUCAGAUUUGUCAAAUGGCUCAUUAAAGAGAAGGGUUUAGCAACAAUCCCUGUUUCUGCGUUCUACAGUCCAGAGCACAGCAAAGAGUUUGACAAAUACAUCCGAUUCUGCUUUGUUAAGGAGGACUCCACCCUGAAUGCAGCAGAGGACAUUUUGAGAAAGUGGAGUCAUGGGCAAUAAAACGGCCAGAGACGUGACUCACAACGUCCAUCUACAUGUCAACCGGCCUCCUCAGUUAAAUUGAGCCAUACUCAGUUUUUAAGUGCGUGUCCCCUCAGUGGGUUAUACUGUAAGGCACACAAACAAAACGUCCACUUUCACUUUGUCUUUAAACGUAUGAAAACACUCAGAUGUUGAAAAAAAAUCCUCAUAAAUGUUUCUGUGCAAUGAUUUUAAACCACAAGCUGUGAAUAAAGUGUUUUUCAAUAUUAUAAGUAUGACACAGGAUUUCUAAAGGAUGAUUCUUUGUAACUUAAAUCAUGUACUUCUGCAGCAUGUCACAUUUUAACUGCAGAGUAUAUCCGUCCUGAAUCAAACUAGGAAAGCGGUUUAAUAAAUCUUUUAUUUGAUCAA